ACCUCCUUUGGGCAUCGCGGCGGCGAUGGCGGCUGCGGCGAGGCGCCCCCCUCCCGGCCCCGAGCCGUGACCCGGCACCGGAACGCGCCCCACCUCCCCGCGCACAGUCACGGCAGCCCGCCAGGGCCCCCGCCGCGGGGCUGCCCGCAGCGCUGCCGGUCCCCGCGUCCCCGGGGUGGAGGAGGAGGAGACUGGUCUCACGGAAGAACGAGGUCUCCGCAAUACCCCUGUGCGGGGCGGCGCGGGGCGGCCGUGUGUUCGUUCAGGCACCGAGGAGGGCAGCCCGGCGGGGAGGAGCCACGGGGAGGCUCCGGUGAAAGAGGGAGCCGCGGCGGAAGCGCGGAGGCUGCGGCCCGGGAGGGAUUUUGGAGGUUUGAGUGCGGGUAAACACUUGCUCCUUCGCUUUCCUCGUGUCGGAGGCCAUGCCCAAGGUGAAGAGGAGCAGGAAGCCUCCACCGGAUGGCUGGGAGCUGAUAGAGCCCACGCUGGAUGAGCUGGACCAGAAGAUGAGGGAAGCUGAGACUGAGCCUCAUGAAGGGAAGAGGAAAGUGGAAUCCCUCUGGCCUAUCUUCAGGAUCCACCACCAGAAAACACGUUACAUCUUUGACCUUUUCUAUAAAAGAAAAGCUAUCAGCAGAGAGCUCUAUGAGUACUGCAUCAAGGAGGGAUACGCUGACAAAAACCUGAUUGCAAAGUGGAAGAAACAGGGCUAUGAGAACCUCUGCUGCCUCCGGUGUAUCCAGACACGGGACACCAACUUUGGAACCAACUGCAUCUGCAGAGUCCCCAAAAGCAAGCUGGAAGUGGGGAGAAUCAUUGAAUGCACUCACUGUGGAUGCAGAGGCUGUUCUGGGUGACACCUUUAGCCCAAAAACUACUUUUUGAACUCUGAGGGAUGUCAUCCUAUGCAACGGACUAUUAGUGCAGGUACAGCCACCAUCUGUGUGAUUGCUUAUUUCUCUCUAGCAAUUAAACCAGUAACAUACUCACCUGGAUCACUAUACAGUGGUGGUUGUUUUGGAGUGUGGUUUUGUGUAGCCAUAUAUUUUAAAAUAAAGUCUGCCCCCAUGAUUUGUU